AAAUCACAGACCAAGUAGCCACUGCUGCUCUCACUGGACUUCAUUCGUGCCCAGCAACUAUCCAAGGCCACAUUCUACACCGCAGAAUGCAGACAACAUGCGCAGAGGGGGCUCCUAGACUCAGAGAUCCAGAUAGCAGUAAUGGGCCGGAAGCCUUGGGAACAAAUGGGACCCAAACAGCACAGCCUGCAAGUAAAACCUCAGAGGCUGGCAGAGACAACAACAAAAAGGGAAAUUUACAUCAGACAGCAUAAUACAGAACGUGCUGGUGUGGUAUACGUAGCUGAAAAAAAAGAAGAAAUCAAACAUGAAAAACAUCCUGGAAACAGCAUACAACAUUCAAAACCAUGUGUGAGGAGAGGACGUGUAAAUUAUGCUAAGUUCAUUAACACAAAUGCAAGAACAUACAAUGAACCAGUCCCCUACAUAGACCCCAGAAAGGGGCCAGAAGAGCAGUGUGACUGGUGGUCACAUGGUAAAGCAGCAGAAUGUACCUUCCAACCACUGUACGAUACGCAGAGCACCCAGAGAAGUGACUUCCGAAGACCAACAUGUCCUUUGGUCUUGCCGGUCAAACACAGCAGACUGCAGAAGCCUUCUUGUGGAAUAGUUCCACUUGCCUGUCCAGAUGCAUCAACAGAACUUCAAAACAAUUUUAUAGAAUAUAUCUCUUUUAUACAUCAAUAUGAUGCCAGGAAUUCUCCCAAUGAGCCCAUCCAGGGAAAGAGACAUGGAGCUUUUGUGCAGAGAGAGAUAAAACCAGGGAGUAGGCCAAGAGUUCCUACGGGAACAGAGGUAUUAUUGAAUGCUCCGGGGUCAUGCUCAUCAGAACAGUCAAAAAAAACAGAGACAGGAAAUUCAGCAGGAAGCAGAAUGAUCUCACCAGGUCUCUGCCAACAAAAUUCCCAAGAGCUGUUAGAGACUUAAAACUCACUUAUCAGAAACAGACGGCAGAUAGACAGCCAAGUCACACCCCAGAAGCCUGAAAGAAGGGAGAAGACUGCAGGCAUCUUUCAAACAACUGUAGGACAUUCUCUUCUCACCAGGUAUAAGCCUUUAAAUCCACCAAUAAAAAAUCAAGAUAAGUUGUCUUCUUCAGAUAAAAACACAAUCCCUGGAAUAUAGAGAAAUUUCUGAAUUGUUAUUCAGGUGCUGGCACACACUUUUGUCAUAAAAAAACUCAAAAUAUAUAGUUUACAUAUAGGAAAAAGGGGGGAAAAAGACAAACAGGUUUUAAUAGUGAUAUCUGAAGAGAUAUAUUAUGAGACAUUGUUUCAUAACAUGUAUAAGUAAAACAACUUUGUUUGCAUAUAAUGAACAUUACUAACAAGUAUAAACUUUUAAAGGAGAAGCCUUAUUGGUCAUUGGUUAUAGUUUUGAAAUCAAAAUAAACGGGUUUAGAAUAUUGGCUCCAUAUCACAUGAGCUACUUGACUGGGGGUAAGUUAUUUAAUCUCUAUCGACUUCAGUUUUCUCAUCUAUAACAUUAGGAAAAUAACAACGUUAGAAGAUUCUUGAUCAUGAGAUUACAUACAAUGAUCAGUAAGUUGUCAGUAUAAUCAUUAUCGCUAUUCCUAAAAUUUAAAUUUAAGGAUUAUGUCCUAUAAGUUUCCCUCAUUUUAAAACUUAGAAUUCCUCUAUAUACAAUUAAAAGUGCAAAAAUCUAAAAUAUUUCUCAUUAGGUGACACACAUACACAUUUAACUCAAAGAUGAUGGAUACUUAGGAUAUCAAAAUAUUUCCCAAAUUAUUUUCUGUUUUACUGAUUUCUAAUGCUAACUCAACCUACUCUUUGGACAGUUUGGUAAAUAUCAAUUCUACCAGCUAUUUAAUUUGGUAUGUUUGAUAUGCGAUGAUGUAUCCACUAUAAGGUAUGUUAUACUGUGUGCAAGAGGAAGUGGAACACUUUUAUACUACAAAGAGUAUAAAUUUUCAUGGCAAAAUAUCAGUUUCUCACUAUUAUCUGUAAUGUUGACAAGGCUACAAUGUACCUUUACCCUUUUAUCCUCCACCAAAGAGCUUUUAAUAUACUAAGUGCCAUGAAUACAAUAUAUUUGUGUGUCAGUUCUUACAACAUGGCCAGAUAAAGCUAAUAAUGAACUUCUAUUUGAAAGACUUUACAAUGAUAAAUAAAAUAGCUGAACAACAAAUAUAUACCCAAGCUCAUAAAACAGUAAAACUUUCAUGUUCCAAAAUAGUUCAGUGGUAGAGGACUUGCCUAGCAUGUGCAAGGCCCUGGGCUCAAUACCCA